AUGACGAUGGAAAAGAAAAAUGCAAUCAAUUGCAGGAGCCUGCAUAGAGCCAACAUGAUUUUUGCCACCAUAAGCAACGACAACAAUUACAUAUGCAUUAUCACGUAUUACGAAAAUGAUUACAACUUAGAGAUGUUCAGUGCGAACAACCAAAUGCAGAAAAUAUUUCGAAAGACCAUUCCAGACAGCAUUAACAAAGUUUAUAUAAAUCAUUCCAACAGGUACAUUUGUGUGACGAGUAAAAAUGGUAGCGUAUACAUCUUCGACAUGAAGGGGAACCUUGUGUACAAAAAUGAGGAAAUGCAUUGCUUGUACUGGAGAAAGAGCGGUGCCGAGAGGGAGAAGAUUGUGCCCCCCAAAAAUGGCUACUACAAAAGAAAACGUAAAAAAGAAACCAGCUGGACCCGCGCCGAUAAGGAACAUCAAGUGAAAGACAACAGUCCGGGUGAAAACAACACAAAGAGAUUUAAAUGUGACAAAAUCGUGAAGAAUGAAAAUUCAGUUGCACCCGCUCUUAACGAUAAUGUGAAAAAAACGAAUAGCGGAAAAUUAACGGGUGCAAAAAAUCAUCUGACCUGGUCAGGCAAAAAUGGAGACAUAAAAAAUAGGAAGCAACCGAUCAGCAGCAACUGUAUUAUGAAAAGCGAAAAAAACAAAAAUGGUCCUGUCCUCAGUGGGAACGUAUUAAAGAGCGGCACAACAACAAGGAGGUACAAAUCUGUGGGAAACGAAAAUGAGGGGAAAAAACAAACCCACGGAAGGGUUUCCACCAGGCAAACCAGUCAUUGCAACAUGAAUAAUUCCUCCAAACAGAGAACGGAAUGUGGAAUAUAUAGGCCCAAAAAGCAGAGACAGAAAAGCGGCACACACACAGACUGUGAUGACCAGACAAAUGAUAACGAGACACAUGAUAACCAGACAAAUGAUAACCAGACAAAUGAUAACCAGACAAAUGAUAACCAGACAAAUGGUGGCAAGAUGGAAGAAGAACAUUCCGAUGUGAGUAUUAAAUCCAAUUCGCCCAUCCUGGGAAGUUACGAUUUGUGCUUAAAAAAAAGUGUGUGUGAUUACUUCUUCUCCAUCUCCUCGACCAAUCGAAUUGCAAAAUAUGGAGAAAAAAACGAAUUAAAAUCCAACGCGCAGUACGAAAAAAUGCCCCUAGAAAUUGUGGACAUAUUCUGGAUUAACAUAGAAAAAGAUAACAGAAAUAAAUGUACAGAAAAUAAUGGCUACUAUUACCUUUUCAGUUAUUUUGACAGCGUGCAUAUUAUGCAUAGCCUGGACGUAGGGUUUAACAUUAUAUGCUCCAUGAAUUUAAAGAUUAUAUUUUACAAGUGCAACAUUUUAAACCAUGUGUAUAAAAAUAUAAAUUCGUAUGUUGAGCUUAAAAAUAACAUUGUUCAAGCAUUUAAAAAGGAAUUUAUAAAAAAAUGUAAAGCCAAAAAAAAAUACCCAUGUGGGCAUUAUGUCAAGUGGGCAAAGCAUAAUUACCAUCGAACGAGAAUGAACAACUUUAACACCUCAAUAAACAGGGUUAACAGUGUCCGUGAUGGUCUCAAUGCACACAGUUGGGGUGCGACGGAAUCUUUUUCCUUUCCUUACCAUUUAGACGUAAAAGAAAGUAUCAUUAAAAGGAUCUUCAACGACCUCGUUAUUGACAUAAAGCAAUCGUACAUUUCGAAUGAGCAGCACUACAUUUUAGUGAAGUACUACGUGCAUGUGAAGGGGAAGUACUUACGUUUCUCUAGCUUGGAACCACGCAGUUGGAGGAGGCCCAGCGAAUCGGCCAGCCUGACGUCCACCAUAUCGACCAGCCAAGCGGGUAAUCUCGCUAAAAAGGACAGCAAACCUGGAAGAAGACACAAGAAAUUCAAUCUAAAAAAAAUCAUCAUGAACAGAGAAAAGGCAAAGCAACUUACACUGCCAUCACACAAGUACAAAAUGUGUCUCCUGGGGAUGCAAAAAUGUGGUGACGUGGAAAAAGAAUUCAAAUCCGUGGAAAAAAUAGUCCUCUACCUUUUACACUCUUCCAACAUUCUGCAGAGCAUUUUCCACAUAUACAAACAAAUGUCAACCAUGUACUCAAAAUUUAGUGAGUACAAAAAAAUGCACAAAAUUUAUCGAAGCAUUGUUGAAUUAAAUGGCCACUUUAAGAAAUUCUACUACAAAGAUCGGACGAUGGUUUAUUUUUCCAAAUUUAUUAAAAAUCGGAGGGAAAAUUUUGACGAAAAUUUGUACAAUUUAUUUUUUAAGGAAAAUGAAAAAAGAGACUUUGCUCGCUACUAUGAUGUAAUAAAAAAGAUGAUAAGCGACAACACGAUCUGUUGCUCAUGCUCUAAGGAGAAGUGUCUUAGUGGGCAGGUGGAUGCUCGAGAGCAGGGGAAGAUGCUCCAUCAGGGGAAGCAUAUCCAUUGGGGCGAUGACCCUCCUCUACAUGAAGGUACUGCAAAUGGUGCAAUCUCAUGGACAAACACUGGGGGAGAGGUGGCUACGGAAAAUCAAGUCGAUGCGGCAAAUGGGGAAUUCUCAGAGGACUGUUUGAAGGCCCAUUUUGGAGGCACACGGCGCGGCGUCAAGAAGGAAGACCCGUUUGAAGAGAACAUAAAGAGGGGGGUCUUGAACAGCUACGAAGGGGGACCCUCGAUCGGGUGUGUUAGCGGUACGAUUCCAUGUGCUAGCGGCACCACUCGAUGUGUUAGCGACAUGAAUGGGCGCCUGAGCAGCGCAAGUGGGACGCUCCCACCCACCGGGCGUCCAAGCAAGGUAAUGAAAAAAGAGUCAAAAAAUGUCGCUCAAGGGAUGAAGAGCACAACCAGUUGUCUACAACAAAUGGACACAAAAAAAGGAACAACCGCAAGAGGUCAGAUUAGUAGUAUGAAGGACAGCUGCGGCGCCGAUAGUGUGGAGCUGGGGAAGAAGGGAAAAAGCAUGAGUUAUAGAAGCCAGUGUGGCACUUCCCUCUGCCGAAGUAGCAGCGCGAAAUGUUAUUACAACCGUGUGGAUGGAAAGGAUGGUAGUCAUGGCACGACGUCCUCCCUUCGUAGGGGAGCAAUAAAGAACAGGGGCAGCAAUGGCUUCCUUAGGAAAGGUAGCGGAAUUGCACUUAGGCAAGGGGUAACAAACAGACUGGAUAAAGUCGUCUCUACAGGGGUGAAACGCAGUUGUAGCAGCGCGCGUUCCGCUAGAAGCGCACAACGAGAGGCAUGCACACAUCGGCUCGCAAAAGGGAAAACAGCGGAACGUCCGCCAAGAGGUGACGUGGCCAACCGGGGGAAGGAAGAACGGGAGGACUCAGCACAGGACACAACGGAGGAAAAGAACGGUGAAGAUGACGAUGACGAUGACGAUGAUGAUGACCUGCCGCUGUCGGAAGGCGAACUGGAGGAACAGUUCCGCAGGAGCCGGAAAUUUAUAGUCCCUCGAGGGCAGAACAUAUGCUCCAGCUGCGAAUUGCUAGUACAGAAAAAGACAAUGCACAACUUUGAAAAAUUCGAACUAAACUAUGUCAUCCCCCCCCCCAAAAAAAAAAAAAAAAUCAGUGAUGAAGAAAUUUACACCUCGUUGAUCAAGGAUAUCUACCUCAUGUACAGCGAACAAAAAUGUCCACUCAAUCUACUCCUAUUGUUACAAGAGUUUAGCGAAAAGGAAUUACAAAAGUGUAUGACCAACUUCCAAAUGGUCUUAAACUACUACGAAAAAGUGUUUCUCGAAAAUAUAAAUGAGCAUUUAAUAAAUUUGCACAGAAUAAUAUGGAUUUGUAAAUCCCUCACUGACAACAUGCAAGUUAUGCUGAAGACAUACCGCCUGGACCGAAUUAAAAAAUUACAAGAACUCAUCAUUCUUUGUAUCAGGAAGUUUCAAAAGUACUUCAAAUUACAAACACAUUUGAACAUUUUCCUUUUCCUAAUCGAGUUGUUAUUAUUCAUUUCGAAAAAUAUUUAUUUUGAAAAAUUUCCUCAUUAUAAAGAAGCCUUUUCAAACUACAGAAAUUUCGAUGUGGAAAUUUUAAAAAAUUACAAUUCUGUUAAAGGGAACAAAAAAAUUCACUUCAAUCAUUUUGAUCAAUAUUUACACAACACUCAGGUGAAAAAGCAAAAAUUAUUUUUAGCACUUUGUACCAUUCAACACAACUUGGAUAAAAUUUUUCAGUCCUUGAACAAAAGGGAAAAUAACAAAUUCAUUUCAGUCUACAACAUUUCCAUCCUCCAUUUUCAAAGUAAUCAUCAAUUUCAUUAUUUUACUCUUUCAGAGAAUAAUACAAAAUAUGACCUUGCUCGUAAUUCUUCCUCCUUUGACGAUGUGUAUGUUGGGCAAGUGGUGCCCUCCAAGGUGUACCCCUUCCACGUGUGCACUUGUGAUCGUUUUUCCUUCGUGCGCAUUGACACAUAUUACCAGUGCGCUUUGCGCUUCAAAUUGAUCCGGAGACGUGCCAUAGGCAUAAACCUGCGCCCUCUCACCGUCCUCAGCGUCGUGGUCAUGUCCAAGAACUUCUUCUACAUCUUCACCAAGCACGACAAGAAGCUGAACAUCACCUCGCUCAAAGUGAAGUAUGGCCACUCCAAGCGGAACACGCUCAAGCGCAAAGGGAAGGCCUAUUGCCACAACAAUUUAAGCGUUGUCAAGUGCUCCAAUCUGGAAUCCUACUACCCCAGCGCCAACAACUUCAACCUCAGGCUCCAAAAACUAUGCAACUCCAUUAUUGCCAACUGCGAACCGCACACGUGUCUGAUAUUACAAGGACUAUGA